CAAGGCCACCGGUUAUCCAAUUCCGCAUAUUAAAUGGUCGUUUCAAGGACGGAAAACGGUUACUGCCAAACCAGAGGUAAAAGGAAAUACAUCGAUAAAAAGUUCUAUUGAAAUUGUAAACGUUAAUGCGUCCAAACAUGGGGGAACGUACUAUUGUACAGCCAGUAACACUUUUGGAACAAGGGUAGUCAACGCUACUGUUAACGUUGCUCUUCGUGUUGAUGGACCAGUAGUAGUAGGAUCAUAUUCACCUAACGUCAUGUACGGUCAAUCAUUAACUUUGGGUUGCUGGAUUUACGGUUACCCGCUGCCUUCUAUUCAAGUCACUAAAGUAGCCAACACUAUCUUUCUAUCAAGAAAUGAAACCUCGCUAAGUGGAAAUCAAAUUGCUAAUGGCAAGACAUCUCUACUAAUGGAAUUUACAAUCCAAAACGUUACAGUAAAUGAGUCCGGUUCGUAUUCAUGUCAAACAAAUCUCACAAACGAAAAAGACGUUCUGCAAAGAAACCUUACUGUAAACGUGUCACCUCACUUUACUAAAGAACCAGAAAAUGUUGAAUUUACUGAAAACUCUCAGGCAAGCCUUAACUGCUCUGCAGUUGGUAGACCUCCACCUACUAUUAGAUGGUUACGCAACUCAUCGGAAAUCGAGAGCACUGAAACAGUCAUCAUUACAAACAGCAGUCAAAACGUUACUACGAUGUCAUUCUUAAAAUUAAAACACGUAUCACGAUCGUACAUCGGGAAAUACAGAUGUGUUGCUACUAAUGAGGUGGGAUCACAGAAGUCGCAAACGGCAGAGCUUGACGUGUUUUAUCUUCCUGAAGUAUCAGCUAGCCCAAAGUCAGUUAUUCUUCAGACCAACAACAAUACGUCUUUCAGUUUAAAAUGUGUGGGUAAAAGCAAACCCCGUCCAACCGUGCAAUGGCAGUGGAAGAAAUACGACAGUGAACAAAAGCGUGAUGUUGAUGUAGACACAAAAAGAAUACACGUGACAGACACGUAUGUAGAACCUACAUUCAAUCUUGAGAUUACAUUCAGUCACAGUUUUGUCAACGAUUCUGGAACAUAUUAUUGUCAUGCAUCCAAUGCAGUAGGAAAUACGAUCUCAAACGCCACAAGUGUUACAGUCAAAGGUCCUCCAGUUCAAGUAGAAAAAGUGACUGUGGUAAAUAGGACUGCAACAAAUAUUACAAUAAAGUGGAAGAAACCAUUUGAUCAACACAGCGAUAUCACUCAUUACGUCAUUUAUGUCAAUGCUACGAACGACCCAACCAAACGUUAUGCUUUACGAUUGAAUGACAUCUCAUCUACUAUUUUAGUUGUGUCUUCUCUCAAACCUUUCACUCGCUAUUCCAUCAACAUACAAGCCGUCAACGAUAUCGGUGUGAGUCCUUCCAGUGACAACUAUUUUGCAACGACUAUUGCUGCUGCACCCAGCCAAGCUACUAUUGUAUCUGUUGAAGUUUUUUCAUCUACGGGUAUUUCAAUUUCAUGGAAACCGCCAGAAAAUCCAAAUGGAAAUAUUUCGUUCUAUCGAGUCUACUAUAAUUCGUCAUCAGUUGAUAAGGAGAUCGUAAUUAGAGACGAACUGUCUACAAAUAUCACAAAUCUCCAAAAAUUUACAAGCUACGUACUCUUUGUUACUGCCGUCAACAUAGUAGACAAUGAAGAACUUGAAGGACCAAAAAGCGAAUCUAUUCAGAUAAAAACUUUAGAAGAUGCACCUUCUGCACCACUCGACGUCUCUGUAGAACUGGUCUCAAACGACCCAUAUCGUCUGACUGUUAAAUGGAAACCACCUGCCUUAAGAAAUGGCAACAUACGGAAUUACAAGAUAUUCUAUCGAGAUAGUAGUGGGAAAGGCAAUGAAAGUCUACAACAACUGACAGUCAAUGCUACAAGUAAGAGAGCAGAAAUCAGUGGAUUGAUUGCGUUCACUAAAUACACAGUUCAAGUACAAGCUUUUACAAAAAGACCUGGUAAUCUCAGUCAGGAGCAGUUUGGAGUAACGGAUCAAGGAAUUCCAAGUAAACCAUUAUCGCUACAAGCAUCAAACAUAACAGCUAGAUCUCUUCAGUUAUCGUGGGAAGAGCCAAUGGAAAAAAGAGGAAACAUCAUACGUUAUAAGAUACAUAUUUUGGGAAGUAAAAGCUACAUUGAGCAACGGCAAACAAAGUUUGUUACAGUAAACGAAACAUUCGAUGUCACUCAGAGUCUUCCCAACGGCGACUUUGCUAAGUUGAUUUCAAAUCUGCAACCUGAUGUUGAUUAUGAAGUGUCAGUUGUAGCCUACACUAUCAAGGGAUCUGGACCUAGCAGCAACAAAUUUUCAACCAAAACUAAAAUUGCAGCGCCAGUGGAACCUCAACUACCCCCAUCAAAUGAAACUAUUGCAGGAAACUCAAUCAAAGUUCACAUUACUCAGCCUUCUACUAUCAACGGAGAAAUUGGAUUUGUUGAAAUUUUAGUGGCUAAGCUUCGCACUGGUGCAACACAUUCGACUGUAAAUUUCAACGAUGCCAUGGCUCCUUAUUCCACUCCAAUACCUCUGAACACACCCUACAUUGCAGCACGAAUUAACUAUGCCCAACUUUCAAACGAAUUUACUAUUGGAGACGAGAAAGAACACAACGGGUUUUACAAUGGUCCACUAGAACGAGGUUUUGAUUACGCCUACAGUAUCAGGGCAAUCUCCAAAGACGAUGACAAGCUUUGGAGCACAAGCGAAGCAUUAACCAUAAGUUUACCUAGUGAAACGAAAAGCUCUCUUGCACCGAUUGUUGCUACUAUUGUUGUCCUAAUUAUUGUUAUCUUGGUAAUCAUUCUUAUAGUUAUCAUCUGGAAAAGAAAAGUUACGCGUGCAAAGCAAGGACUUUCAGGAACUGAAUUAGAUGUGUUCGACGGUCCAACACUGACGGCAACUGAUGAUAAAGUUUCAUCUAUCUUGGGAGAAGUGACACUGUUGAAAGUUGACGUUGAUGGUGCGCCUUCACCGAGAGUGACAUGGCGUUUCCAGGGACAAGAAAUUCCUGCAUAUUCUGAGCGAUACAGGAUCCUCGGAAACGGCUGGCUAGAAAUUGCAGAUGUUCGUGGCACGGACUAUGGCACAUAUGAUUGCCAUGCUACAAACGUUGCAGGCACAGCCAGAUGCCAAAUAAAACUUGAAAUACAAAUGCCGUUACACGGUCCUAGGCCGGUUUCUGGUGAAGAGUUUGAAAACUAUGUUGCAGAGAUGCAUGCUAACUCAAACUGGGGCUUCUCCAGCCAGUAUUCAAUGCUGGGUAGAGGUAGCAAUCAAUCCUGCACUGCUGCAAGACUUGAAAUCAAUAGAAACAAGAACAGAUACGGAAAUAUUGUUCCCUAUGAUCACAGUAGAGUUGUUCUUGAAGGAACUUCUGGCACAGACUACAUCAACGCUUCCUUCAUGGACGGGCCUGAUGCUCCAAAGGGUUACAUAGCUGCUCAGGGACCGAUUGAUAACACUGUGUACGAUUUCUGGAGAAUGGUAUGGGAGAAAAAUAUCAAGAGUAUUGUCAUGGUGACAAACUUAGAAGAAAAAGGAAAGGCAAAAUGCUCAAAGUACUGGCCAGAUGACGUCAGUGUUUUCAAAGAUAUUACGGUUCGCGUCUCACGAGUAAUGUCAGUAUCUGAGUUUGACGUUCGAACUCUGGUCCUUGAGCGGGAUGGAUGCGAUACAGGAAGAACUGUAAUGCACUUUCAUUUCACUGGCUGGCCAGAUCACGGGGUUCCUAAAUAUCCAACAUCAUUACUGAGUUUGAUCAAACUUGUUAGAUCACACCACGAAAAAUUUGACGAAAGAAGCCCCGCUGUUGUUCACUGCAGCGCUGGAGUCGGACGAACUGGAACAUUCAUUGCUGUGGAUUACUCCCUGAAGAGAUUAGAAAUGGAAAAUCAAGCAGAUAUUUUUAGCUGCAUUACCGCAAUGAGGGAAAAUCGACCAUCAAUGGUCCAAACCGAGGAUCAAUACAUUUUUUGCCAUGAUGCUGUGCUGGAGUACAUUCUAUGCAAUAACACAGGCGUUGCACCAUACAACCUAAGAGCCCGCAUGAAGAAACUCUAUAGUACCGAUGAAGAAACUGGACUUACAGGCUAUGAGCAACAAAUGAAACUACUCGUGAAAGUGACUCCUGAUACGUCCAACUUCACGACAAUGCAAGGCUCUAAUGCAGCAAAUAAGAAAAAGAAUCGCUACAAAGAAUGUCUUCCACCCGAUAUUUGCCGGGUUCAGCUAUCUCCAAUUGCAGGGAAACCGGAUUGCUCAUACAUUAAUGCCUGUCUGCUAGACGGAUAUCGCAGGCGUCUGAUGUAUAUUACCACUCAAGCACCAAUGGAGACCACUAUUCCUGAUUUUUGGCGCAUGGUUUGGGAGAGGCAGUGCAGUGCUAUUGUGAUGCUGACUUUGACAGAAGAAAACGGAAAAGAGAUGUCAGCUACUUACUGGCCCACCAGUUCUGUCUUAGAAGUUGGCAAUCUUUCUGUCAAACUUGUCAGUCAAACGUUGUUUAAAGGCUAUACAGUCCGGACAUUGUCUCUGACUUGCAAAGAGCAAGGAAGUCGGUCUGUAGUGCAAUUCCACAUCACAAACUGGCCUCAUCACCAGUGCCCAUCAAGCUCGGCAACUCUUCUUGAGGUAAUGGGAAAGCUACAGAAAACACAGCAAACAACAGGAGACACUCCAAUUGUCGUCAUGUGCAACAAUGGAGUUGAUCGAGCUGGAACUUUCUGUGCCAUUGACAUUGCAUUGGAAAAGCUAAAAUGUGAGCAUGUGGUUGACAUCUUUCAGGCAGUCAAAGGCCUUCGUACACAAAAUCCAAAUUUUGUUCAAGACAAGGAUCAUUACAUUUUCUGCUACACUGUUGCUUCACAUUAUCUUGAUUCAUUUGAUACUUAUGCAAAUUUCAAAGACCUUUGACUCUGGCUGACAUUUGUUUGCUAUUAUAUCGGUCUUCUGUGUUUGGUGAGCUGUGAGUAAGUCUCACAACAUGAACUUAGCAUUUAGGCAUUUUAAAUUUGGACGUUUUCUUGCAAUGACAUUGCAGGUACUUUUUGUCUGCUGAAACAAGUUAUUAUUAAUCAAAAAAAGGAAAUGCUUCCUGCAUGUCAGUCUCGCACACAUCUCAGGAUCUGAUAAAAAAAUGUACUCACU